AUGGGUGCAUCGUUAAAAACAGCGUUUCACAAAAUGUACAAUGUGAAACUGAUUAUUGCUUGUAUUGCAUUGUUGUGUGUCAUUUCAGCUGCUGUGUUUAUGUUCCAUGCACCACAAAACACCAGUUACAGGAUUGCGAAUAAUGCAGUCUCGGAACGUUUGCUGGCAGUUGAAAAAUUUGUGUCUCCACAACCUACACCGUGCACAUGUGGGCACAAAUCAUAUGGUCCCCUGGAAGACGGUCCUAACAUACGGCGACAGAAAGAGGUGUUGGAGUGGAAACGUUAUCACAACGCCGAGAUCGAGCCGUUAUCAGUAUGCCGUGCAAUGUCACCUUUCCAGUAUGUGGGUGGUGGGAUUACUCUAGAACCGUUAGGUACGGUGCGUGUGAUUGGACUAUCUAUACAUCCUAGUGCGGUUGCACACUUGGAGAGUAAGCAUGAUUUUGUGAUGAAACUGUCGUCUGACAGGUUGAUUGGUGUAAUACAUGUACAUACAGCAGAUUUCGAUACUGUUGGAAACUAUACAACCUCACUUAUAAUUCGCGGGAAGGCAGAUAUCACUUCAAUCGAUGACGCCUUACACAGUAUUUAUUAUACCAGUAUUGUUUACGAUAUCGAUGACCGCGAUACAAUCAAUCUUCAGCUCAAUGGCAUGAAUGUGUCUAUAAAUAUUCGGAUUAAAAGACAAACAGUGCCUUUUUUGAUUGACCCCGGUUCAGGUGAUAUCACCAAAAAAGUGACCGUAGUCGUUAAAACAUUUGAACGUUAUGAUGCUGUGAAAAGACUCGUAAAAAGUGUUCAUCAAUUUUAUCCGAAUAUGACUAUAAUUGUUGCUGAUGAUUCUGAAAAUCCACAAAAGAUUGUUGGUUCAAAUGUCAAACAUUAUAUCAUGCCUCACGCCGAGGGCGCUUCCGCAGGUCGAAACUUGCAACUCAGCCAGGUGCGUACUAAAUAUUUUUUGUAUUGCGACGACGACUUUGUAUUCACAAUUGGGACCAAGUUGGAGAUAUUCCUUGAAAAAUUUGAGAAUCCGAAAGUGAAGUUAGACGUGAUUGGCGGCACAUUUGGGGAUGAGAAAGGCGAACCUAAAGAAUCUUGCUUCGGUUGCCGUACUAUAUCCUGGGUUAAAGGUGACAAAGAUGGCGACUGCUUCAUUAGACAUACCACGGAAAAGUAUGAUCAGCUAUCAGAAUACCCCAACUGUUAUAUGGCCGAUUCUAUUACUAUGUUCUUCAUGGCUCGAACAGAAGCAUUCCGUAGAGGGGUGUUCGACCCAGAAUACGAACGGGUCGGCCACACGGAAUAUUUCAUCAAUAGACUGGGACGAAUUCGACUUGCUAGCUGCGACGAUGUCAAUAUUAUGCACGUGCGAGAAUCAAACCCAACAUAUGCUAAAUAUAGAAAACGGUUAGUAGAUAGAAAUGAUCAACGGAAAAAUGUACAGCAUAUGCUUUUUAACAUGAAUCUUAAAUGUUUCACAUUAUAA